AUGGAGGAAGUGGAUUCCAUCAUUAUACAUUUUCUUUGUCAACUAAACAUAAAUAUUGACGAUGAUAUUAAGAACAUUAGUGAACUACCAAUUCAUACAAUUAUUGAGUCAGCUUCUACAUGCUUAAGCACUAUUAACCCAUCAGUUAAAGUAUCAAAGAAGCUGCCCUCAGGUAUUUCUCAUAGGAUUGAAGUUGCUUCACAAGUAGCAUCUUUAUGUAAGGACUUAGGAUACAAAAAUGAUGUUGGAUAUCAAACAUUCUUGUACCAUAAUGAAAGCGAACUCAGACAAGUGUUCAUGUUUUUAAUAGAAAGAUUACCAAAUGAAGGUAAACAGGUUACUAGUAUUGUGCCAUCUGCCAACCGAAAGGCAUUGUUUUUACAAGACAUCAGUAAUAAGAUUGGUGAAGAACUUCAAUCAAUGUGGAUACCUCCCUGUUGUACAAUGAAUUCUGUUAAAAUUGGGGAUUAUUAUACAAAAGAUACGAAAGUAACCUGCAACCAAACACAUCUUACUGACGCGGAAGUGAUAGAAAAACUACUAAAAAUGAAAAAUCUAAACAAAACCAAUGAUUUGGUACAUAUCGAUAAAAGAGAACAAAUUCCUAGAGCACAGAAAUCUGUAGAAAAACAUGAAAUGACACAUGAUUCAAAUGUCAGUCUCAAGGAAUUAAAAGAAACUGCUAUAGUUUUAAGACAAAAGUUAGAUACCUUAGAGAGCGAGAAAAAUGUUAUGGAAGUGGAAUACUCACAGGCUCAGAAAACAUAUGAAAGGGCUGCAGCGGAUUUGAAAAAUGUACAAAAUAUUCUUAACAAUAUUGGAAUAUCUGAUAUAGACGAAGAAAAUGUGUCAGAGAGUUUAUUAGAAAGAGUUCAGAGUAAUAUUAACAUGCUGCACAGAAAGAGUGAAGAACUUACCUCAAGAAAUUUGUGUGUAAAAGUUGAAAUUGAUAAACUGAGAAGUGAUAUGGAUUUAUCUGAGUCUGAGAGAAGUCGGUGUCGAAAAAUUCUAACUAACUUAAAGGAAUCUGCUAAAGCAUUAAAAGAAGAAUUUGAAAGGAAAGAAAUUUUAAAGAAUCAAUUGAAAGAUAGUUAUGAAAAGCUUAGAGGAGGAAAUAAGAGAUCAAUAUACACAAAACGAAUUUUGGAAAUAAUAAGCAAUGUUGACAAACAAAACAUGGAGAUCCAGAAAAUUUUAGAUGAUACUAGACAACUACAGAAAGAUAUUAACAAUUUAGAAGGACAACUUGAUAGGUGCUUCUCUAUAGCGGAUGAGACUCUCUUCAGGGAUGCCAAGAAAGAUGAUCAGGCAAAGAAGGCGUACAAACUUUUGGCUUUGUUACACUCAGAGUGUAAUACAAUUGUUUCACUUGUAAACGAUACUGGCACUUUGGCGAGGGACAUUGUUGAUGUAGAAGAAAACAUCAAGACUGAAACUGCCAAGAGAACUGAAGAUACAUUAACAAAAAUACAAAUGGAUCUCGCAAAAAUGCAGGAGGAACGAUAA